CGCACUCCGGGGCCGCGCUGUUGCGGAGCGGGCUCCUUCGCUUCCUUUUGACCUUUCACCCCAAGAUGGCGGCGCCCGUCGGUCCGCUGAAGUUUUGGAAGCCGGGGACAGAAGGGCCUGGUGUCAGCCUUUCAGAGGAGAGACAGAGCGCUGGUGAAAGCUCUAGUGUUUCAGUGAUCUAUAAUCCGUAUGUUUCCCUUUCUAUUGAACAACAGAGGCAAAAACUACCAGUUUUUAAGCUUAGAAAUCACAUCCUUUAUCUGGUAGAAAAUUAUCAGACAUUGGUGAUUGUUGGAGAAACAGGAUGUGGGAAAAGCACUCAGAUUCCUCAAUAUCUAACAGAAGCUGGCUGGACUGCCGAAGGGAGAGUGGUGGGAGUAACACAACCCCGGAGAGUUGCUUGUGUUUCAAUCGCAGGCCGGGUAGCUGAGGAAAGGGGUGCCUUGCUGGGUCAUGAAGUUGGGUACUGCAUACGAUUUGAUGAUUGUACUGAUCCACAAGCUACAAGGAUUAAGUUCCUGACUGAUGGAAUGCUGGUGAGAGAAAUGAUGGCUGAUCCAUUGCUAACAAGAUACAGUGUCAUCAUGUUGGAUGAAGCCCACGAGAGGACCUUAUAUACAGAUAUUGCCAUUGGCUUAUUAAAAAAGGUUCAGAAGAAACGAGGAGACCUUCGCCUGAUUGUUGCAUCAGCUACACUGGAUGCAGAGAAAUUUAGGGAUUUCUUUAACCAAAAUGAGACCAGUGACCCAAGCAAAGAUACCAGCAUGAUCCUUACAGUGGAAGGGCGAACAUUUCCAGUGGAUGUCUUCUACAUUCAGAGGCGCAGACUUCAGUGGAGGAGGGCUUCGGGAACCUUCCCCCGUCCCCUUCUGCACCGGCCAGCUGGAGCAGACUUCAGACGAGUGCUACGGGGACUCGGUGGAAUCUUCAUGCUUUUCCUCCCCUGGAAUCUUAGUCCUUCCCUUCCCCCUCCACAGAAGGGAUAUGGGCAAACCUGGCAGCACCUUCAUGCCCUCUCUCCUCCUCCUCCACAGAAGGAGAUGGACAGUCCUGUUCCAGAUUAUGUGAAAUCAACUGUGGAAACUGUUAUGAAAAUUCAUCAGACAGAAGGUGAUGGGGAUAUACUGGCAUUUUUAACUGGCCAGGAGGAAGUGGAAACAGUUGUUUCUAUGCUGAUAGAGCAGGCCCGGGUCCUUGCUCGCUCAGGGAUGAAAAGACACCUGCGAGUUCUUCCAAUGUAUGCAGGAUUACCUGCUACUGAGCAGAUGAAAGUGUUUGAGAGGGUAUCUCCCAACGUUAGAAAGGUGAUAGUGGCCACUAAUAUUGCAGAAACGUCCAUCACAAUCAAUGGAAUUUCAUUUGUGAUUGACUGUGGCUUUGUGAAACUCCGUGCGUAUAACCCCAAAACAGCUAUUGAAUGCCUUGUGGUUGUCCCAGUAUCAAAGGCCUCUGCCAAUCAGAGAGCAGGUCGUGCAGGCCGGAACCGCUCAGGAAAAUGCUACAGACUUUACACAGAGGAAGACUUUGAGAAGUUGCCACAGUCCACCAUUCCCGAGAUGCAGCGCAGUAACCUGGCACCAGUCAUCUUGCAGCUCAAGGCUUUAGGAAUUGACAAUGUGCUUAGAUUUCCUUUCCUCUCACCUCCACCUGCUCAGUCAAUGGUGCAAGCUUUGGAGCUGCUCUAUGCAUUAGGAGGGCUUGAUAAAUAUUGUCGCCUCACGGAACCUCUUGGAAUCAGGAUAGCUGAGUUUCCUUUGAACCCGAUGUUUGCAAAGAUGCUCCUAGAAUCAGGGAAUUUUGGCUGCUCACAGGAGAUCCUGAGCAUUGCAGCCAUGAUGCAGAUCCAGAAUAUCUUUAUGAUUCCUCCAAACCAAAAGACACAAGCUAUCAGAGAACACAGAAAAUUUGCUGUGGAGGAAGGUGACCAUCUCACUAUGCUUAAUGCAUAUGAAGCCUUUAUAAAACACAACAAGAGUUCCCAGUGGUGUCAAGAUCACUUUCUGAAUUAUAAAGGUCUUGUCCGAGCCACAACUGUGAGAGAGCAGCUGAAAAAACUUCUUGUCAAGUUCAAAGUACCAAAAAAGUCCAGUGAAGGAGAUCCAGACCCUGUUCUAAGGUGUAUAGUUUCUGGAUUCUUUGCUAAUGCAGCCAGAUUUCACUCUACCGGAGCAUACAGGACUAUUCGCGAUGACCAUGAACUUUAUAUACACCCCACCUCAGUGCUGUAUGCAGAGAAGCCUCCUCGUUGGGUUGUCUACAAUGAAGUCAUGCAGACCUCAAAGUAUUACAUGCGAGACGUGACAGCAAUUGAAUCUGCUUGGCUAUUGGAACUGGCCCCUCACUUUUACCAGCAAGGAACGGUACGGACUCGGCAUAGCCUCCAAACGCACCUUUCCCUGAAAGCCAAAAGAACUAAAGUGGACGAUCACUGACUCGCCGCGGCUGUCAAACUUUUCAGCGCGUGACGCAGAACCUGCCGCCAAUUUGAAACUGUGCUACUGUCCAUCCAACAAUUAGUUGAUUAGCAACCUGACCCCACAUCAACUAUAACUGUUGAAAUGCCUGCCUGCCAGGAUCCUGUAGGGAUUUUUGCAUGACGAAUACAUUGUAACACUUAAGUAGAGCUUGCAUUGUGGAUAUUUUUUUAUCCUACAGUCUUAAAUGUGAUGACCGCUCCUGUUCCCCAGGGCAAUUUUGCUCCUUUUAAACUAGGUAGUUUGAAACUAACAAUACAAAAGAAGACAUAACAAAAUUGUAGGGAAUUUCGCAAUAUGUGGAUAGCAACACUUGAACCCCUUGGGAAGGAAGGGGGUGUGUGUGGGGGAAACGACACCCUCAGAAUGAGGAGGUGGCGCUCAGGAUCCUUUAGACCACUGUGAAAGCUGUUGGUCAUCCUAGACCUGCUUGCAAAUUGUAGGCAGAUUUGGGACCACAAGCAAAGCCUUGAAAUACCUUAAUGGGUUGCAAUGAAAACCUUGAAACUGUGAUUGUGCCUAACUGCUGUGAUUUUCCUUUUUUUGCUGUCAAGCAAUAGGUUUCUAAUACUUUAUUGACUUUCCCUUCUUUUCUCCUUCACAUUUUUUUUCAUGACUUGCUUACAAGCCGAACCUGUUUCCAUAAACAUGAUGUGUUAACGUGCACCAAAGUUUCCCACCCACCUCAAAGUUUAAGCACUUUUAGAGAGGAGUUUAAUUGGGCAGGAUGUACAUUACGUUCGCAAGCAAGGUUGGAUGCAAGAUGCUUGCUUUUUUGUUUCAGAAUGAAAAAUAACUUGAGGGGCAGCCUCUUGCAGAAAUAAUCUGAUUGUAUUACUAACAUUUUUUGAUCCUGUGGAUGUUGAAAAACUGCCGUGCUGGAUCCGUGGUAUUGCAAAACUUGCUUUGGAGUGAGAGUCAAGAUUGCCACCACCAAUCAGACAGUUGGCAGUUAUAUAUUUUACAAAAGUAUAAACCUCUUUGCAGCCUGGAAGCCAUCUAAGUAACAUAUAACAAGAUAAACGGGAUGGUGGGUGGGGGAACCUGCAGAAAAAAAAUGUUGACUGCACACCACUGAGGAGUGCCAUCAUUAGAUAGACACAGGAGGACCAUCUUAGAGGAAGUUCUCCUUUGUUCUCCAGAUUGCGGAGGAGGAAGUUGAAGAGGAGCCUUUCAUCAGAAAGUCGGACAGAGGCAGGGCCACUUAGACCUUCACUGAGUGUCCUGAAGAUACUGUUAUUUCCAGACCAAAAAACCACACCAUUCCUUAUUCUGCUUCUGAUGUCACUACAGUAUAAGAUUGAAAGAUGAUCUAUGAGGAGAAGUUGGGUCUUCUCAUCUCCUUAUGCUUCUUAAUCCCUUUCCUUGUGUGCAAAUUUUCCUUGCUUCCAUCCUGAAUAGAGGUAAUAUCUGAUUAGAACGAGUGCAAUAAGUUUUAAGUUCCCAGCUUGCAAUUUGUGGAACUGACCCGUUUUCAGGAAAAGUUCCUGUUGCUAUGUGAGCUAGUGAAAUCUAUCUGAUGGUGCUGUCAGUGAACGCCAUUGUGCUUCCAUGAACCCUGGAGAAAAAAAUGCGUAUAGGAUACAUGGUGAACUUAGCAGCUGUUAUGACUACCUUCCUCAAGGACGAAGCGUGGUCUUUGUAGCAUGCACUGGUUAAACUGCAGUUGCUGCCUUUCCACAAAAAAACCCUUUGUUGCAUCAGCAAUAUAGUUUCAGAUAAGUAAAUAUUUAUUUUCACAUAACAUUUAUUUUACAGUGAUGUGGUUUCAAUGUGUGGGUUUGGUUUUAGAACAUUGGCUUGUUGUUGUUUUUUGAAUGUCUUGUUCCUUCGCCUCUUUUUAAAACAUAUGUAAAUGACAGCAUUUUAUUUUUUUUACACAGAAUAAGGGUCUUCCUUGCCCUGGAUGUGCAUUAAGAGCCACUUUUUCAGACCUUCCCUCCCCUUCUGCUCCCCACAAACCUGCAAAGAAGCUUGUUCUGUCAGAAUGUGGUCCACUCAGUGUCUUUGUGCUGUAUAUAUUAGCUUAACAAAAUUUCAUUCCCACCCCUGGAAUUCUGAUGCAACUGGGUUUGUCCCUCUCUUUCUCUCUCUCUCUGUAUGUGAACUCUGUAGAGCCGGGGUUGUCUUUUUAUUUUUAUGUACUGUGUGGUGUCCAGAAUAUUGUUGACACCCCAUUAUGGGCAUCUGAACUUGUAUCUAAAAGGUGUUUUCCCUUUCAAGGAGCUUACAAAGACCCAGAUACAAAGUGUGUAAAUUUCCAUGUUGCUUUGUCCUCUGGUAUCAUACUUUAUAGAGAAAAAAUAAAGCUGUGGAAUUAAGAAAUA